UCAAAUCUCUGAUGGAUGUUGUUUCUGGAGCUUUCUGUUUCCUCACAGAUCUCUGGUAGUGUCUGGCUCAGUCCGACAACCACCAGUCACUUUGUGUUCAAAGUUUCUGUCAUGUAUUUUUGCAUAAUGUGGUUUCUGGUUCUCAUCUGCAUGUCCUCAGUUGGUGGAGUCCCCAUAAAACCAACCCAGGAGGUUCACAGUCAUGCUCCAGGACUGUUGCUUUACCCAAAUGCUGCAACAUUUCUUUACUCUAGCUGUUUUGCCUUUCAAUGACACCCAACGAGCCACCAGUCCAGCCUCAGUUGGUGUUGUGCUUCUAAAUGACACCCACAAUGCAACAGUUCCAGCUCCAGUGGGUGACGUGCCACUAAAUGACACUCAUCAAGUCAAAGUUGGUGUGGUUCACUUAAAUAACACCCAGAAUGCAACAGCCAAGGCCAUAGGUAGAGUUGCUGUAAAGCUUGAUCCACCGCAGAAUGCCAGUGCUGAAACUCUAGAGGAGCUCCAAGAAGAAAUGAUUGUCCAAGAGGGAGACAUUUUGAUUCCAGAGGACAGGAAUGCUGUGCGGACCCUGUGGCUGGACGCUGUGGUACCGUACAUCAUCAGUGAUGAGCUGGCUUAUCAAACGCCAAACAUCAUUGCUGCAUUCAAGAUGAUUUCUGAUUACACGUGUAUUCGCUUCACACCACGCACCUACGAGUACAACUACAUCAAGAUCAAGAACGGCAGAGGUUGUGCAUCCUUUGUUGGUUGUCGAGGAGGAGCUCAGCCGGUGUAUUACUCACGGACGUGCAGCGUUGGAAAUCUGUGCCAUGAGCUUAUCCAUGCUCUGGGGUUACAUCAUGAACACACACGCAGUGACCGGGAUCAACACAUCUCUGUGCAGUGGCAACAUAUCAUCCCAGGGAGACAAAAGAACUUCAAGAUCAAACAUGGGGACACUCUGAAUCUGCCGUACGACAUCAACUCCAUAAUGCACUAUGGACCGUACUUUUUCAGUAAAGAUGGAGAUUCAACCAUGUUGCCCCAUCGGGGUGGAAGUCAGAUGGGUCAGAGAACUCAUCUCAGUCAUCUGGAUAUCGCGAGAAUCAACCGACUCUACCGCUGCGACGAGCGGAUGAGAUGGCAGUGAGUGUGCUCCAUGUUGGUCAAGCUUCAUUUGUCCUGAGCUUUAAUAAAAUUUUAAACAUCUAA